GAAACAAUUUAAGACCAUGUGCAAAUAAUUGUGAUAAUAUUAUUUGAACAGUGAUAUUUUCUUGAAUUAAUAUAUUAUUUAUUUUCUUAUAUAAUGGCAGUACAAAAGGGUAAACAAGGCACUAAGGGUGCCAAACAAAUUGUUGAGGAGAAUAUAUCGACUUUAAGUUUUUAUAGAAAUAUGGGACUUGGUUCAUGUUUGCUGUAUUUUGCGAUUAUGCUAAUUUUAUUUUCAGAUUCAUUCUCAGCUACGAUUAUUUUUAUGAAUAUUAUAUGCAUUGUAGCAUAUAUAGGAGGCUAUCAAUUCAUGGUGUUCAUGGCCAGAACGCAAUAUACAGAAACCGGUGUCUUGAUUGACAGUGGGUUAGAUUUAAAUCUAGAAGGCGGAAUAGCCGAGCAUGUAAAAGAUUUGAUAAUAUUGACGGCUGGAACACAAUUAUUAUCAUUGAUCUCAAACUAUUUCUGGCUCAUAUUUUUAUUGGUUCCUUUAAGAGCUUUUCAAAUGUUAUGGAGUUCUGUACUGAAACCAUGGUUUUUCCAAAGGAAUGAGCAGCCCGAAGAGAUUAAUGAGAAAAAACAAAAGAAAUUAGAGAGAAAAAUGAAAAGAAUGAAAUAAUUUAUUUAAGUUUGAAUAUUAUAUGUGAAUGCUACUGUUUCCAGUCAAUUUUUGUCAUAUUCUGUAGCUAUAAAUAUUUAUGAACAAGACGUAUUGAAU